AAAAAAAAAAAAAAAAAAGUUUCCUCCAGGGGACUUUUCGGAGGUAUUUGGUCCGCCCUGUGAGCUCCCUAAGCCCGCCUAGGCGUGUGGCAGAGGGCCCCCGGAGCCUGGAAGUCAACCCUCUGAAUUUGGUGAAAGAGGGGGAAAAGGGAAAAAAAAGUUUCCUCCAGGGGACUUUCCGGAGGUAUUUGGUCCGCCCUGUGAGCUCCCUAAGCCCGCCUAGGCGUGUGGCAGAGGCCCCCCGGAGCCUGGAAGUCAACCCUCUGAAUUUGGUGAAAGAGGGGGAAAAGGGAAAAAAAAGUUUCCUCCAGGGGACUUUCCGGAGGUAUUUGGUCCGCCCUGUGAGCUCCCUAAGCCCGCCUAGGCGUGUGGCAGAGGGCCCCCGAAGCCUGGAAGUCAACCCUCUGAAUUUGGUGAAAGAGGGGGAAAAGGGAAAAAAAAAAAAAAAAAAAAAAAAAAAGUUUCCUCCGGGGGACUUUCCGGAGGUAUUUGGUCCGCCCUGUGAGCUCCCUAAGCCCGCCUAGGCGCGUGGCAGAGGGCCCCCGGAGCCUGGAGCUAGAGAGUUAGAGUAUCUGCAGAAAUGUUUUCUAAGUGCCACGCAAAAACUGGGAUACCAAGGGCGCAGAUCACCGGUGGAUACCAGGGGCGCCAAAACAUGUCUUUGGGCAACAGUUACAGGCGACCUUCCGCACAUUUUGAGAAACCAGUUUUUCCAAAAACUUCGGAGGCACAUUUCCUGGAGGUGUUUUAUCCGUCCCCUGAGCUAAUGCGGUCGGCCUAUUUUGAUCGGCCUCGGGGCCCUCCCGCCUGGAGAGGGAAAGCGCUUUUCCUCUCGCGGUCUUUGAGGAGCUUUUGCGUACGCUCUCGGUGCCCCGUUCUCGGCCGCCAGAGUCCCGAACGGGGCCCUCCCGCCUGGAGGUAAAACACUCGGUCUCUGGAGAGGAGACUGGUCCAGCUCCGCGGCCAGGGCGCACUGUCUGUGGGAUAAAGGGCUGAGGCUGGAGGGGUCCAGCACGCGAGCCAGGACUCACUGUCUCUGGGAUAGAGGGCUGAGGCUGGAGAGGUCCAGCACACGAGCAUGGACGCCCUGUCUGUGGGAUAGAGGGCUGAGGCUGGAGAGGUCCAGCACCCGAGCAUGGACGCCCUGUCUGUGGGAUAGAGGGCGGAGGCUGGAGCUGUCCAGCACCCGAGCAUGGACGCCCUGUCUGUGGGAUAGAGGGCGGAGGCUGGAGCUGUCCAGCACCCGAGCAUGGACGCCCUGUCUGUGCUAUAGAGGAAUGAGGCUGGAGAGGUCCAGCACCCGAGCCAGGACUCACUGUCUCUGGGAUAUAGGGCUGAGGCUGGAGAGGUCCAGCACCCGAGCAUGGACGCCCUGUCUGUGCUAUAGAGGGCUGAGGCUGGAGAGGUCCAGCACCCGAGCCAGGACUCACUGUCUCUGGGAUGGAGGGCUGAGGCUGGGGCUGGAGAGGUCCAGCACCCGAGCCAGGACUCACUGUCUGUGCGAUAGAGGGCUGAAGCUGGAGCUGUCCAGCACCCGAGCCAGGACUCACUGCCUGUGGGAUAGAGGGCUGAGGCUGGAGCUGUCCAGCACCCGAGCAUGGACAGCCUGUCUGUGGGAUGGAGGGCUGAGGCUGGAGAGGUCCAGCACCCGAGCCAGGACUCACUGUCUGUGGGAUAGAGGGCUGAGGCUGGCGCUGCCCAGCACCCGAGCCAGGACUCACUGUCUGUGGGAUGGAGGGCUGAGGCUGGCGCUGUCCAGCACCCGAGCCAGGACUCACUGUCUGUGGGGUGGAGGGCUGAGGCUGGAGAGGUCCAGCACCCGAGCAAGGACUCACUGUCUGUGGGACAGAGGGCUGAGGCUGGAGCUGUCCAGCACCCGAGUAUGGACGCCCUGUCUGUGGGAUAGAGGGCUGAGGCUGGAGAGGUCCAGCACACGAGCAAGGACUCACUGUCUCUGGGAUAGAGGGCUGAGGCUGGAGAGGUCCAGCACCCGAGCCAGGACUCACUGUCUGUGGGAUAGAGGGCUGAGGCUGGAGCUGUCCAGCACACGAGCCGGGACGCGCUGAGGCUGAGGCUGAGGCUGAGGCUGAGGCUGAGGCUGAGGCUGAGGCUGAGGCUGAGGCUGAGGCUGAGGCUGACCAGCACUCGAGCGGAGGUAUUACAGCCGCUCUCAGUGCCUGGUCUUCGGCUGCGCGAGGCUGGAUCAGGACCCUUCAUGCAUGGAGGAAAACACUUUGUCUCUGGAGAGGAAAAUGGCUUUACCUCUGGAGAGGAAAAUGGCUUUACCUCUGGCGGUCUUUUGCGGAGGUAUUACAGCCGCUCUCAGUGCCUGGUCUUCGGCUGCGCGAGGCUGGAUCAGGACCCUUCCUGCAUGGAGGAAAACACUUUGUCUCUGGAGAGGAAAAUGGCUUUUCCUCUGGCUGUCCUUUGCGGAGGUAUUGCAGCCGCUCUCAGUGCCUGGUUCUCGGCCACAAGAGUGAAGACCUCGACCCUCCAGCCUGGAUGAAAUACACUUCCUCCACCCCACCCCACCCCACCCCCUCCUUCCAGCCACCUACCUACUUGCCUGCAUGCCUGCCUGGAGGCACACUGAAAGAACUCUCACUUGCCAGCGGAGCCCCCUUCCUCAGGCCUGGACGGCCACACGCUACAGGUCUUUUACCCGGAAAUUUUUCUAAGUGUUUGAAAAUGGGAUACCAGGGGCGCCAAUGGGCCUGGGAUACCAGGGGCGCCAAAACAUGUCCGUGGGCAACAGUUACAGGCGACCUUCGGCACAUUUUCAGAAACCAGUUUUUCAAAAACAGAGGACUACCAGGCACGUCGACGUGACUUGGUGUCCGGGUUUACUGACCGAUUGGCAGCCGUGACCCGCCAUCGGAGGGCCCCUGUCGGCUGGCUCUUUGCCGGUGUUCAGGCGGAAGGUUCCUCCGGCCCGCGGGUUCGCCUCUCGGGCCGCAGAGCGUGUGUGUGCAGUGCGUGCGUCGGGCAACGGUCCCCGGACCCCCCCCCGUCCACGCGGCUCACGAUACCCUGCCGGCCCACCCCUCUCCGCAGCGAGACCGAGUAGCCCCGUCCGCCCCAGGUGUCCCACGACGGAGCCCGCCGCCGGGGCCUGCGGUCUCAGUGCCGCUCACCCCGCUCAGGCGACGGGCCUUCCGGAAGCACGAUUUCUCGAACCCUCAGUCCUCGGAGCAGCAGGAGCAGUGUCAGUGCGGAGGUAGGGGGGUGGGGGCAGGAGCAGGAGCACCAGCAGCAGUAGCCGCUGGUGCCACCACUUCUG